AAUAAAUUGUUUUUUAAAAUAUGUAAAUAUAAUAUUAAUUUAACGUUAAAAUCAGAAGUUUUUCAAUCUUACUUUUCGUUCAUUCUGAAAUUGAUAGUAAUGAAAAAUCAAAUUAUUUACUUUGCUUUGGCUGGUAUUUUAAGAAUUUUUUUAAUGAAUUCAGAUUUACAUAAUAUUAUUCGUGAUCGAAUAGAAGUAUCAACUGCAUUAAACUCUUGGAAGAGAAUUACAGAAGGUGUGUAUCUUUAUAAUAUUGGAGUGGAUCCUUACAUUGGAGAUUUAUUCCAUGAAACUCCAUUAGGAUUGAUUAUUUUUGAUUCUAUUCAAAAGCAUUUUUCUUUUUAUGGACUGUGGUUACUGUUUGUUAUAAUUGAUCUUAUAACUGCUUAUCUACUUGGUAUUACUGCUAAAUAUUAUAUCAAAGAAUUGAUUGCUUAUGAUGAAAAAAAUACUCCAUAUGUUGAUAAAGUUAAUAUACAUCAAGAUUUUGCUUCAAUAACAGCUACUCAUGGUGCAUCAACUUUCUAUGUUUCAGCAGCUUACUUAUACAAUCCAUAUGUUAUUUUUAAUUGUGUAGGGCUUACAACGACAGUAUUUACAAAUUUUUUACUAUCCUUAACAUUAUUAUCAAUGGUAAAACAUUCAAAAAUAAUUUGUUGCUUAUGUAUAGCAUUUUUAACUUUACAAGGAUUUUAUCCUAUAUGUUUAAUUAUACCUGGCGCUAUUUGUAUAAUCCAAAAUGUAAAAACAAAUGAAAAACCAGAAUCACUUCUAAAAAUUUUUAUAUUAUUUUCUACAAUACUAAUAAGUUUAUUUUUCACUUCGUAUUUUGUAAUGGGUAAUUGGUCUUUCCUUCAAAACACCAUUGGAUUCACUUUAUUGGUACCUGAUUUAAGACCCAAUGUUGGAUUGUAUUGGUAUUUUUUUACUGAAAUGUUUGAGCAUUUUAGAUCACUAUUCAUUGCAUCUUUUCAAAUUAAUGUCAGUAUUUUAUUUGUUGUACCAUUAGCCCUAAGACUUCAUAAGAAUCCAAUGCUUUUAGCUUUCUCAUAUUUAGCUAUAGAUACUAUUUUCAAGUCAUACCCUUGUAUUGGAGAUGUUGGAUUUUAUUUAAGUUUGUUACCUUUAUGGAGACACUUAUUUAGACAUAUGCAACAAGGAUUUUUUGUUGGUUGCUUUAUUUUGUUUUGUACAAUAUUUGCACCAACUGUUUGGCAUCAAUGGAUAUAUUCAAGAUCAGCAAAUGCAAAUUUCUAUUUUGGUGUUUCAUUAGCUUUUGCUAUAGCACAAAUUUUUUUAUUAACAGAUAUUCUUUUUGCCAAUGUUAAACGCGAAUUUGCUGUUCAACAUGGCAUUAUGAAUCAAGCAAAUGGAAACAAAGCAAAAUUAUUACUUGAGUAAAUAAUUUUUAAAUUACAUUGUUAAAUU